CUGCGCGUUUAGUUGUGUCCCGUGCGGCGUCCCGUCCACCAGUGUGUUUUACUACUGCUGGUGACAGCGGAGGCUGGGAGCGGGUUACCAUGGCCGCUGCGCAGCGCUACUGUGUAGCCGAGGAGAGGAGCGGGCACUGCGCCGCCACCGACAGACACUCGCUCUAUAUAUGGGGGGGAUAUGUGACAAUUGAAGAAAAUGAGGUAUACUUGCCAAAUGAUGAAAUAUGGGUCUAUGACAUUGACAGUGGCUUAUGGAGAAUGCACUUAACAAACGGUGACCUGCCCCCUUCAAUGUCCGGCAGCUGUGGGGCAUGCCUGAAUGGGAAACUCUAUAUCUUUGGCGGCUAUGACGACAAAGGUUACAGCAAUCAGCUGUAUUAUGUGGAUCUGCGAUCAGGAACUGAAGUGUUGACAUGGAGACACAUAAAGAAUUUUACGGGCCAACCACCAACACCGCGCGACAAGCUUUCCUGCUGGGCUUACAAAGACCGAUUAAUAUAUUUUGGAGGCUAUGGGUGCAGAAGCCACAAUCAACUUAGCGACUGUUUUCACGUGCACGAGGCAUCAUGGGAAGGUCAGAUGUUUUGGGGAUGGAACAAUGAUAUCCACGUAUUUGACACAGAGGAACAAGCCUGGAUACAGCCUGCUGUAAAAAACACUCCCCCGCAAGCACGUGCCGCCCAUUCCUGCGCUCUCCUAGGAAAUAGAGGAUACGUGUUCGGUGGGCGUGUCCUGCAAACACGGAUGAAUGAUUUGCAUUUUGUGAACUUGGACGCAUGGACUUGGUCUGGAGGAAUGCAAGUUAAUGGAGAGAAACCAAAAGGCAGAUCGUGGCACACCUUAACACCCAUUGCAGCUGACCAGUUAUUUCUGUUUGGAGGCCUCAGCAGUGAAAGUGCACCACUAAGUGAUGGAUGGAUCUACAGCCUGGCAACCAAUGAAUGGAAGCAACUUAAACACUUACCAAAAGAUCAGCCAAGACUGUGGCACACAGCCUGUCCGGGAAAAGACAAUGAAGUGAUGGUGUUUGGCGGCAGUAAAGAUGACCUGCUCUCCUUAGAUACUGGUCAUUGUAACGAUUUACUCAUCUUCCAGGUACAGCCCUACUCACUGCUCAGGUUGUGUCUGGACAGUAUCGGGAAAAACACCUCUGUGUUAGGAAACCAGAUAUCCUGCCUACCCCGCAGGCUACUGCAACAGGCCAAGAAGAGAAUCACGUUCUGGACAGCGACCAGGUUCCGUCAGAGCAGAAGGAAUAGCAGUUCUUAUGAAUUUAAUAACAACAAGACAUGAUCACUGGAGAUGACGCGUUUGACUUUUUGCACUUCUGCCUUUAGCCCUGUAUAAGGCAAGAACAGGCAUGGACGCGAAUAAACUACACACUGUUGGGUUUUUUAGUCAAGUUUUGCUAGGACAGUUUUGAGUAGAUGAGUCAUCCAAAUAUAUUUUGGAAUAUCCCAUGUUUUGCAUUGAAUUGGAAGUUUUUAUUUUAGGUAAGGCAAGGGCUACCAGUUUUUGUUUUCUAUUUAACCUUAUAUGCCAUAGCUAUAUUCCAUUUUUCAUGACAAUCCAUGAAAAAGUGUCUCUUUGACUGACUUGGCAAUAUGUGAUUGGCCAAGUUGCACUUCUAUGAAUGUUUGUAGGUUAAGCCCCAUGCAGUGCGUUGACCUGAGAACCACACACUGUUGUGGAAUCACAAGAUCUCCCAGCUGAAGAGUCCAAUGAGGAAAACGCUUUAGUCACGUGCAGCACAGACGUCCAUCUCUGACAAGAGUGAGCAUGCCCAACAGACAUACAGUUCAGGUUAAAAAGCCAUUUGAUUGACACUUAUCCAAGUCUAAACAUGAACAGUGAACUAUUACGUGAUACAUAACUUGGACAAUGCAUUCACUACUACACAUUAUAGCCGUAUACACAGGAUGCAUACGUUUUCAAAUAUAUGUAUACUUUGACUAUGUGCUUCAUUCAGCGUGUAGUAUUUCAGACAAUAAAAAGUCUACCCUAAAUGAGAUUAAUAUGAUCAGGCCCCACAGAACAUCUGCCGCAUGAAUAUAUGGUCUCUUGUUCCUAAAGGAUAUAUCUGGAACCUGCAAUAUAUGAUUUCAAUGACUGGAUGAACCUUUAUGAAUAUGUCAUUCAUAACAAACACAGAUGGCCUUGCCUCUAUGAGUUUCACCAGCCCUACUCUCAAAGGGACAUUCUGCUCAAUCGGAGCAGAUUAUUGUCUUUUGGACAUGCGUCGCUAUUGAUCCGGAAUGCUUAGUAUGUAUGGCAUUAAGAGUACGUGCCCGCUGGCAUUUUACACGCGUCUGUUGUGACCCAAAUAAGCACAGAUCAAACAUUUUCCAUUCAUGUUUGAAUGUGUUUGUACUAGCGUUCAUUUGCUUUCCAGCGUAUUGAAAUUUAGCAAGCAGCGUUCUGAAAAAGACCAACAGAACGCAGCGUAAGUGAAAUGGACAGUACGUAGGGUAGCAAUAGAAUUCAAGUUAUAGUGGCAUAUCCGUUUACAUGGGGUUAUACAAAGCUUAAAAACCACCAGUGAGUAUAGACCCUAACUGAGUUUUGUUGGAUGGAGGACAAGAAUCACAGAGCGUUAUCCUCUGCAUUAUCCCGGUAUUGCUAAUAUUGUCCAAAUAGAGCAAAUGUGCUGUACCCGUAACAGACAGCUUUAUGUACUUUAUUUUGCACUACUAUUGAGAAUAGUAGCUAAUGUUAUUGAUUGAUAUAAGAUAUUGCUUACUAAUAUACACCAUCAGAUUAUUUAUUCUUUUAUAGGACCCGUGAGCUUUAAUAUAAAUUAUUUGUUAGCCAUUCACAUACACUGGCUGCGUGUCUUCCAAUCUGUAGUCCGUAAGCAGCGAAGCAUUGGUGCUGCAAGACUCCUGUCACCGACAGUGCUAUAGAAUCACAGCUGCAAGCUAUACUAACUGUACAUUCUCAUUGAUAUCUCCGAAGGACUCUGUAAGAGGAAUACAGUAGCGCUGAUGCCACAUUCAGUAAUGCAAAUGGCACAAAUAUACUGUGACCAAUAUCAACCAAUCAGUCACCUCCUUUCAUUAAUGAGGUUUCUCCAAGAUGGUUUCUGGCUAGAGCCCUACACUGCCAGGGACAUAGGGGGACGGGCACCUUAAUAAAAUCUCCUUCAUCCUUCUAUAGAGAUUAUUAUCAGAAGUUUAUGCCACCGCUUUAUACCGACAACAUGUUAAACUGAUCCCUUCAGUACUAAGGGCCUGAUUCAGAUCUGAUUGCAGCAGCAAAUUUGUUAACUAAUAGGCAAAACCAUGGGCAAAGAUAGAGGAACACUAAGAAAGCCUUUUCAGUCUUCAACUUUUUCUUGUAACAGUGGUUAUUCUGUUUUCUUUUCAUUGUAAUUUAAUAAACAUUUUAAAACUUGA